AUAUGAAAUUUUUUAUGAUUGUGUGAAUAUUCGAAAUCUAUGUAAAAAAUGAAUAAUAUAAUAUAAUAAGCUUGACUGCUUUAAUUAUCAAAUUACUUUAAGUAUAUCUUUUAUGUGAAAUAAUGUGUAACAAAUAUUUCGCAAUUUUAUGUUGUGUACUUCUUCUACUCGUCACGUCGUCAUCAAAAUCGCAGCAAAUUUUCACCAACAAUAAAGAGAAAGAUGAUAAUUUGACGAUACGAUUCGAGGUAGACACGAAUUCUACAACAAACUAUAACGACGAAAUAAUACUGCGAUAUGAUUUGUACAAAAAGUUUACGAACAAGACGCAAAACAAUGGAAUGCCAUAUAAAUUUCCUAUUAUUUCCACGAAAAAUGAUCAGGAGGAUUUUGAUUCGAUGUCAUAUAAAUUAAGCAAGCGUUCUGUUCACAAUCGUGAGGAUAAUGAUCAAAUACUGAUAAACUUUCACACCAAUUUGACAAAUGUCAAUCAUAAAGGCAACUUUACAUCACAGGAAGUUUAUGAAAAUUUGAUUAAAGAGAAUAAUUUCACGUUGAAUAAAGUUUUUGAAAAUUCCAGUAAAAAUACUAAUGAAAGUAUUAAUAUAAUCCCAUACGAAAUGUGCCAUAAUGUUACUUGCAUUCUGCUUUGUUGUCCUCUUGGUAACCGCAUGAGAAUGGAUGACGAAUGCAUUCCUGAAAAAAAUGAAUUCAACUUUUUCCCAAAUGAUAUAUUCAUAAACGAUUCGCUACAAAGCGGAAAUAAGAGAGACGAAUUGUUUCAUUUAGCCGUCUAUGAUUCGUGUCAGAAAAAGGAACGUUUUUUGGUAGACAAAAAUUAUCAGUACGAUUAUAAGAUUUUUGCCAAUGGUUCUAUUUAUUUAUCUCAUUAUAAAAUAUUAUUUAAAUCGACAUCAUAUUGUCUCGCCUCCAUUGUGGACAGGGGAGACAAGUUCGAAGUGACUUUCUGUUCAGAAACUUACGAUAUGGUCUACAAAAACGCGAUAAAAUACGCACCUGAAAUCCGCUCAAGAUAUGAAGCAUGGUCCAUAUAUGCAUACUUUCGUGCAACGGGUAUACUAUUUUUGGUGCCAAUAAUUCUGGUGUAUUCCAUAUUGCCAGAACUUCGAAACGUCCAUGGCUUUAUGUUGUGCAAUUACUGCACGGCUUCAUGCCUCGCACACGUAAUUUACCUUGUGAAUAUUAGUCAAGACAAAGCGGAUUUAUCAUAUCCGGCCUGUAUUGCACUUGCUUUCUCCGAAUAUUUCUGUGUCAUGUCAAGUCAUUCCUGGCUAAGUGUCAUGAGUUUUAAUAUGUGGCGGAUAUUUAGACAUUGAAAUGGAUGUGUUGUGUAGAAGUAUAUGUUUCUACGAGCCCAUAAAUGCCUGCGUCAUUAGUAGCAUCUGUUUAUCCAUUUCUGCGGCACUAAAGAUCAAACGCUAUGAUAAAGAUAUUGGUCUUCGUCUAACAGAUUCGGAAAGCAGACGGUAUAAUAAUAAUAAAAAAUGGUUUAAUCUAUAUCUGAAGUUAUUUAUCACAAUGUUUAUCGUGAUAGGCAUAGAUUGGAUUGUGGUUACAAUAGUAUGGUCAUCUAGAAAUUUAAUGUCCCAUUUUUUGUAUUAUUAUCUACAUUAUUUUAUUGGUUCAAUAGAUAUUGCGAAGAAUAUCUGCAUAUUUAUUAUAUUUGUAUGUAAAAAGAAGAUCAAGUUGAUGAUACUGAAGCGUUUCGGAUGCCGAACGAACAUCGAGCAUUUGACUCUUCAGAAGUGUCUAUGUAGGAAAAAUUGAGUUUUUUCGAACAAAAGGCUGACGCACGAAUGUAACUGAACUCUAACGUUGCAAUGUGCAAAAGAAAUUUUAUUGCAGAUCAGAAAUCAACAAUUAAUCAGAAUUAAACAUAAUCUUAUAUUUUUUUCAAUCAAUAGUAAUUUUGCAGUAUUAGAUAUAGAUGUUCACGGUUCUUUAAAGGAGUUUAAAAUUUCAUAUGGAAAAUUUAUCUCAUCGGUAUCGAUACAUAUAUAUUAUUAAAUUAAAUCAAUGGUUUUUAAUCCUAGAAAUUUUCUUUAUCAAAUAAUCUUGUACGAAAAACUAUACAGUAUAUUGUGCUGUAUCAUGUUUUAUAAAAAAAAUUUUCUGAUUCAGAUAUAUAACAUAUAAAAGAAGAAAAAAUAUUUAAAAUUAUGAUAUAUUUGAAAUUUGUGUUUAUCAUAUGUAACAAAAAGUGUUUAUCU